AUGGCCCUGAGCGCUGAACGGAUCUUUGCGGCAACUUCUCGCAAGUCCCUUCGCGUACACUGCCCCAUGAAACUGGCCGCCAGUGGCAUUUACGGUUACUUACGAAGCCGAGCGUGUGACUCGGAAGAGAAUCCCGUCUUCGACGUGGACAGGCUCUGGUCCGUCGAUGCUCUUUGCAUCAAGGCAGGAAGCCCUUGUAUGGUGGUUGUCUACUUCCUUCAUGACACCGCCGAGCACAUGGACAGCUGUUGGAAACAGUUGGAGGCGUCUCUGGCCGUCGACGCCGACGUUUACCGCUUUGCCCCCGGUGACGCAGGCGGGGCUGGUCAUUCCGCUGCAUUCUUGUUCAGCCACCUCUCACCAUUGGUGGGACCUAUGACCUACCGAGAGGUUCAAUUGGCUGUCGAGCAUUACCUUGGCUGGUGCUCCAAGUUGGACAGGAACAUUCCCCGCUGGAAGAGUGCGCAGCGGAUGACGGUGGAGCUUAUUCCCCCGUCGAAGAGGACUGGGUGGUUCAAGGCCAGGGAAAAAGGGUUUUCAGACCGUGUUGACAAAGGUUUCGGCAUCGGAUGGGGGUUUCCCUGCAUCCCUCCUUGCAAAUGA